AAGAAAUUUAAAAUGAGAGACUUCAAGAUGACGAUAACACCUUAGCAAAGCAUUGUGAAUGUUAAAAUGAUAAGCUAAAUCGCCAAUCUAUGAGCCAAUGUACGAUAAUCAUACUCUAUAUAUACCAAAUAACAAAAAUGAGGGAAUUUAAAAUUUUAUUUCUGAUUGCUGUGAGUUUGCUAAUCAAUAGCAUCAGUAGUCAAGUAAUAAAGUCAGAAUUACAUAAUGAAAAAAUUUUAACAUUUCCUGUCAAAAGAAAUUUAAAUAGCAAACUUAAUGAUUUUUUGGAGCACAAACUGAGACAAAUGAUGAUUAAAGGAGAUGAGAAAUUUAAUCUACCUGUCAUGGAUCCACUUCAUGGAUAUGAUCAGCAAUUUGAUUUUAAUAUUGAUAAAAUUAUGGUUUCUGCUAAGGCUAAUGAAUACCAUGCAGUAGGACUUUCAAGUUACGUAGUUAAAGGAUCAAAUGUUAAUACUUUUAAGAGGCGAAUCGAUGUCAGUAUGAAUUUUCCAAUAAUUACAGCACAUGGACUGUAUAAUCUAGAUGGAUUUGUUGGUGAGAAUACACCAGUUUUUGGUACUGGAGAUUUCAACAUGACAUGUACAGACUUUUAUUACUCUGCAACAGCUUAUGUCUCUGUUUUUGGAAAAGUUCAAGUCAAAUCUUUGGAUUUAAAAAUCAGUUUGAAAAAGCUAGAUCUUUCAAUGACUGGGUUGAUGAAUGAUGAUCAAACAUCAUGGAUAUUAAGUGAAGUUUUUUCAGACAUGAUACCAAAAAUUAUUGAUCAAUAUCACGACGAAAUAGUCACUAUCAUAUCAGCAAAAGUCAUUGAGAUAAUUAAUAAAAAUCUCAAUGGAAUGUCAAUCACUGAUCUUCUUGGAUUAUUAAAUGGGAAUUUUUAAAAAUAUUUACUACUAUAAAUCAAACUUAUAUAAAAGUUUUAAUUAAUUUUAUAAAUUAUUAGUACGCUAAUGAUUAUUUAUAAAUAAAUAUCGAAUAUAA